AUGCAAGAAGUGCUGCAGCAUGUUACAGUGGAUGCUGAUGGAAAGGUGAAUUUGAGUGAAUUCAUGUAUCAAGUCAAAACUGCCCAGUCCACUGCCCAAGGAGCAAGCCAGUAUGCUGAGCUCUCUGCCGAAGAAGAUGAUGCUAAAAUGCCUCCCAGGGAAGACAACCAGGGAACACUCACACAUCCCUCAGAAGAGAAGUACGUGCAAAGCAGCAAAGAACUUGACAAAGAAACAACUGGAAGGUAUAUGCCUUCCCUCCCUGCCCCAUGUAACCUGCUGUCCUCUCCCUGCUUGUCUGCAGCAUUCUGCGAUGCUUUCAACUUCUUCCCUAAAGAUCCAGAUGGCAAUAUUAACCUUCACAGCCUGCAAGUGACUGCUGAGGAGCUGGGGAUUAGCUUAACUAGUCAAGAGGCGAACGAUGAGCUGGUGUACGCAGAUGCUGACAGAGACGGCAAGGUGAACUUCUCUGACUUUCUGACCACGGUUACUGACAAGAAGCGUUUCAUGCAGGCAAUGGUUCCAGAUAAAAAUUAUACAGGCAACUCUGGCUCUGUGAAAGCCACAGGGAUACUGCUCUUUGAAGUCUUGUCAAAACUGGUGGAGUUGGCUGCUCUGCCCCAGAGAAGUCUGCUUGAGAUUGUCAGGUACUACCAGCAGAAGUUUGUGAACUGCACUGGCCAAAAAGCAUGGAAGGAUUCUGACAGUUUAAUGUACUGUAGAAAGAAGCGCUGCAAAAUUAGAAAAGAUCAGGCUUACGUAUCUUCCUUUGUAAACGCUGCCCGCAUCUCUUUCAUGAAUGAUAAAGACUUAAUAGCUUACGUGGAGAGCCUUAAAGCGUGUGUGCCCCUUUCAGACAGCCCUUAUGCUCAAGUGCCCAUCUUCCCGCUGAUUCCUAAACAAGAGGCAGUGAUAGCGGGAAGGCCAAAACAAGAUUUGCAGAAGCUGGAGAGGCAGAGAAGGAAUGAACCAAUAGCUUCAUUUGAAAAGCACUUCUUCCAUAAGAGAAACUGGAUGCAGGAGAUGAAGAGGGCAAUGCAACUGUACAGGCAGGACCUGGCCCUGCACGAGCGCGCCAGGCUGCUGAAGCUGUGGCGGAGGAUCCGCGGGGGCCAGAUCGGCCUGGAGACGGGCAGCGAGCGGUUCCACCACACCUUCUCCGUCUACUCCUGGUCCUGGAACGUGUGCCAGGAGCUGGUGACGCCCAGCGACCUCCGCAAGGCGGAUAACGAGCUCUACCGCAGGCCGCGGGGCGCCGGCACCCAGGCGAAGCAGGCGGCGGCGCCGGGGAAGGGGGCGCGCUGACCCCGCGGGGCCGGCUGUCUUCAGCCGGGGCUGCCGGGGCCGGCCGUGCCCCGCGGGAAAUAAA